UGCGCUCUUUAUAUAGAUUUCAUCAACGUGGCUGAAAUGAAAAAAUAAACAACGACAGCAGUUAUUUUGGAGAACUAUUUCUCCAUAAACGUAACAUAAUCAGUGGGUGUAUGUUUACCUGAUAAUAAAGAAUAUGGCUUCAGAUUUUGGAAAUCCUUUGAGGAAAUUCAAGCUUGUGUUUUUGGGUGAACAAAGUGUUGGAAAGACGUCGCUGAUUACUCGAUUUAUGUAUGACAGUUUUGACAACACGUAUCAGGCAACUAUUGGUAUUGACUUUCUUUCAAAGACUAUGUACCUAGAAGAUAGAACGGUAAGAUUGCAACUUUGGGACACAGCUGGACAGGAGAGAUUUCGAAGCUUAAUACCAAGUUACACGGAUUCAACUGUUGCUGUUGUUGUUUAUGACAUAACAAAUUAUAAUUCAUUUCAACAAACUAAUAAAUGGAUUGAUGAUGUAAGAACUGAGAGAGGAAAUGAUGUCAUUAUCAUGUUGGUUGGUAACAAAACAGAUCUCUCAGAUAAAAGGCAAGUCACUACCGAAGAAGGUGAACGCAAAUCAAAGGAAUUAAAUGUGAUGUUUAUUGAAACUAGUGCUAAAGCAGGAUAUAAUGUAAAGCAGCUUUUCCGUCGAGUUGCUGCAGCUUUACCUGGAAUGGAAAACACGGCGGAGAAACCGAACAAAGAUUUAGUCGAAGUACACUUAAAUCAAACGCCUCAGGACAACGUGCAACAAGAAGGAGGAUGCUGGUGUUAGUUACAUCAACAAAAUAAUUUGCCACAGCCUUGUUAUCUUUUAGAAGUCGUAUCGAUUAUAAAGAAUGACUUAUGAUGUUGCCAAACAUCUUAAAGUCUACUUAAUCAUUUAUCACUCAGAUUUUAGGCCAUGAUUAUUUUGAAAACUGGUGUAAAAGUUAAGUAGUGUUACUUUCAAUUACAAUCAAGAAUCGA